AUGGAGAUGAUAAUGGACAUCUUGUUCCUGUGUUUGGGGCUCGUGUUUCUCCGGCUCUGGUGGCGCUACUGGUCAGUGACUGGCGGAGGACGGAGGAAUCUGCCCCCGGGGCCGCCAGGGUGGCCAGUGGUGGGAAACCUGAUCCAAGUCAUCCUCCAGCGUCGGCCCUUCAUCUUUGUAGUCCGUGAUUUACGUGCAAAAUAUGGUCCCAUCUUCAGCAUGCAAAUGGGGCAACGCACUCUCAUCAUCGUCACCAGCUCCGAUCUCAUCCACGAAGGCCUCGUCCAGAGAGGUCCCGAGUUCGCAAGCCGCCCCGCUGACUCCCCCAUCCGCCUCCUCUUCAGCGUCGGCAAGUGCGCCAUCAACUCCGCCGAGUACGGCCCUGUCUGGCGCACCUUGCGCCGAAACUUCGUCACCGAGUUGAUCAGCCCGGCCAGGAUUAGGCAGUGCAGUUGGAUCCGAAAAUGGGCUAUCCACUCCCAUAUGGACAGACUCAAAUCCGAGGCGGCUGCAGACAACAACGGCCGCGUUGUCCACGUCAUCAGCAACUGCAGGCUCACCAUCUGCAGCAUCCUCAUAUGCUUGUGCUUCGGGGCUAAAAUCUCCGAGGAGAAAAUCAAAACGAUUGAGACCGUUUUAAAGGACGUUAUGAUGAUGACCACACCGAAGCUCCCGGACUUUCUGCCGAUCCUCACUCCGUUGUUCCGCCGGCAGGUGAGAGAAGCUAAGGAGCUGAGGAGGAGGCAACUGGAGUGUCUGGUUCCACUCAUAAGAAACAGAAAAACAUUUGUUCAAUCUAAUCAAAGUAGUGAUGGUAAUAUGGUGAGCCCCAAGGGGGCUGCGUAUAUUGACUCCUUGUUUGAGCUGGAGGUGCCUGGAAGAGCUCAACGGUUGGGGGAGGAAGAGCUUGUCACCCUUUGCUCGGAGGUCAUCAAUGCCGGGACGGAUACGAGCGCCACGACGCUGGAGUGGGCUCUGCUCCAUUUGGUGAUGAACCAAGAAAUCCAACAAAAGCUUUACAAUGAGAUUGUUGACUGUGUAGGGAAGGAGGAGGUGACUGAAAGUGACGUUGAAAAAAUGAGCUAUCUUUCUGCUGUGGUUAAGGAAACGUUUCGGAGACACCCGCCUAGCCACUUCGUCCUGUCGCACGCGGCGGUGAAGGAGACGGAGCUCGGCGGGUACACCGUCCCGGCGGAUGCAAGUGUGGAGUUUUACACUGCAUGGGUCACUGAGGAUCCGGAUCUAUGGGAGGAUCCGGGGGAGUUCCGACCCGAGAGGUUCUUGGAGGGCGACGGGGUUGACGUGGACGUCACCGGGACCAAAGGAGUGAAGAUGGUACCGUUUGGAGCGGGCAGGAGGAUAUGCCCGGCGUGGACUUUGGGCACUUUGCAUGUGAACUUGCUGCUUGCUCGGAUGGUGCAGGCUUUCAAAUGGUUGCCGGUUCCGGAUGCCCCACCCGACCCUACUGAGACAUUUGCUUUCACUGUUGUUAUGAAGAACCCUCUCAAGGCCAUUAUUUUGCCUAGGUCAUCGUCGUCCAUCAUCGUCUGA